GGAUAGGUCCACGGCGGCAGGGCGUUUUUUUUUCAUGGGGGCGUCACGGCCAGGAAGGGCAGAACGAUGAGCAGAGCCCAGCGGGAGGAAGAAGACGAAGACGAGUGCUUCCAAGACUCCCUUGACCGCCUCCUCUCUUCCGCCGACACUUCGUGCUCCUCCACCUCCCCUUCCGGAGACGAGGAAGAUCCGAUUUCUCGAUUGGCCUCCCCCGACCCGUUUUGUCAACCCGGGUUCGGUCCGCCUCACUGCGCCUACGAUGUCUGGAUCUCCCGCCCUUGUUCCGUCCGCGAGCGCCGCACCCGCCUCCUCCGCCUGCUCGGUCUCGACUGCGACUCGUCUCUUCUGCGCGACCGGACAUCGCCUUCACCUGCCGUUGACUGCAAUGCCGGCGAGGAUACGGGGAGUACUGGUGGAUCGCCGUCGUCUGAUCAUAUGAAAUGCCUGACUGGAGUCCGCGAAGAAGGUUUUUCUAAUACUGUUGAUAAUUGUAAUUCCGGAAGUACUAGUGAAUUUAGUAGUGUAUCAGGGAUUGUCCGAUCGAGAUCUACUGGCUGUUGUAAUUCUCCUAGUCAUUCUACCUGUUCUUCAUCACUUGUUCAUCAAAAUAGUGAAAUUCUUUCUGUUGAUUCCGUCUCCUUAUCACCAGCACCCGGGUCAACCAAUGAUGGUGGAAGCAUAUCUGUAAAUAAUAGUCAAUACCGCAGCAGGAGUGCCAGUAACAUUGAUCGAUUGAAGAACUGCAAUGGAUCUCCCCAUACCAAUUCUGUUUCCCCAAAUAAGCCCCCCAUUGCCAAGUAUAAGGGCGAGUCAUUGCACAAUGGGAGCUCCAAUGGAGUUGUUCUUGGAGUUGAAGAAACUGUGUGUACAAUAAAGGAUCUUGAUAAUGGGAAGGAGUUUGUGGUGAAUGAGGUGAGGGAGGAUGGGAUGUGGAACAAGCUCAAGGAAGUAGGUACUGGAAGGCAACUGACCAUGGAAGAAUUCGAGAUGUGUGUUGGCACUUCCCCGAUUGUUCAAGAACUGAUGAGAAGGCAGAGUGUGGAAGACAGGAAUAAGGAUGGAUUGGAUUCCAAUGCAAAUGAUAGUGGUGGUAGUGGUUCAAAAUUGAAGAAGAAGGGGGGCUGGUUAAAGAGCAUUAGGAAUGUUGCGAACUCCGUGACUGGUCAUAAGGAUCGCAGGAGUAGUGAUGAGAGGGAUACAUCAUCCGAGAAGGGUGGAAGGAGGUCAAGCUCUGCAACUGAUGAUAGUCAAGAUGCGUCUUUCCAUGGGCCAGAGAGAGUUCGGGUCCGACAGUAUGGGAAAACUUGUAAAGAAUUCUCAGCCCUCUACAAAACGCAGGAAAUUCAGGCACAUAAUGGUUCCAUUUGGAGCAUUAAGUUUAGUUUGGAUGGGAAUUAUCUCGCCAGUGCUGGUGAAGACUGUGUCAUACAUGUCUGGCAGGUUACAGAAAAUAAAGGUGACUUGCUUCUGGAUAAACCUGAUGAUGGAAGCUUGAACAUUCUCUUACAUGCAAACGGGUCCUCCGAGCCAAAUUCUGCAUCACCAAAUUUGGAUGGCUACACCGAGAAGAAGAAAAGAGGCAAAUCAUACAUGAGCAGAAAAUCAGUGAGCUUUGAUCAUGUUUAUGUGCCAAAGACUGUAUUUGCUCUGUCAGAAAAAACCAUAUGUACCCUUCAUGGACAUGCAGAUGCCGUGUUAGACCUCUCCUGGUCCAAAUCUCAGUGUUUGCUUUCAUCUUCAAUGGACAAAACAGUACGCCUCUGGGAUUUGUCAAGCAAGUCUUGUUUGAAGAUCUUCUCGCACAGUGACUACGUGACUUGCAUCCAGUUUAACCCUGUUGAUGAUAGAUUCUUCAUCAGUGGGUCCCUGGAUGCUAAGGUUCGCAUUUGGAGCAUUCCUGACCGGCAAGUUGUUGAUUGGAGUGAUCUGCAUGAGAUGGUUACUGCUGCAUGUUAUACACCUGAUGGUCAGGGUGCACUAGUUGGUUCGUAUAAGGGGAGUUGCCACAUGUAUGACACAUCAGAAAAUAAGUUGCAACAGAAAGGACAAAUUCAUCUACAGAUUAAGAAGAAAAAAUCUCAUCAGAAGAAAAUCACUGGUUUUGAGUUUGUCCCUGGAAGUACAUCAAAAGUGCUUGUGACAUCUGCAGAUUCUCGAAUUCGGGUUAUUGAAGAUGUCGAUCUGGUUCAAAAGUUCAAAGGUUUUCACAAUUCAAGUAGCCAAAUCUCUGCGUCCAUAUCUGCUGACGGGAGGUAUGUGGUCUGCGCCAGCGAGGACUCUUAUGUGUAUGUCUGGAAACACGAGGAUGAUUCUCAGCCAGGUCGGAUCAAAGGGGUUACCCUCACACAGAGUUAUGAACAGUUCCACUGUCAAGAUGUUUCUGUUGCCAUUCCUUGGCCUAGAACAGGUGAACCACUAAGAUCUCAAGACAAUAUCUCUUCUGCAGAGCACAGUGGCCCACUUGAUCUUACGGACGAGGUCUCCGCUGCAAAUCACCACCCAACGUCACCCGUCGAAGAGACUUGUGGGAAUCAACGGUCACGGUCACCGUCACAUGGAACCAUAUCUAGUGCCACAGACAGCUACUUCCUUGACAAAAUAUCAGCAGCCUGGCCUGAUGAAAAACACACUCCAAUAACUGCAAGCAUUGACUUGCCCAACGGGUUGUUGAAUCAGACCAAGCCCGCGGGUCUGGGUUUGGUCAUUGUGACCGCUGGUGCGCGAGGCGUAAUCAGAACUUUCCAGAAUUUUGGAAUGCCAAUACGGAUUUAGUUUGGCGAAAGGAGCCGAUUGAACAGCAUUUGUACAGAUCGAUGAGAUUUGUAAUACUAUUAGUCAGGUCUUUUUUUUAAAAAAAGAUAUCCUGUACCAGUUGGAUAUGGGAAUUAGGUAAAUCGCGCCUGCAUUACGAGGUGCUUUCAAAGAGUAGCGAUGAUAUAUAUAAAUAUAUACUCCGUAAUAAGUAUAUAUACAGAAAAGAAAGAAGAAAACAUGUGGUUUGAUGUUUAAAAGGUGGGGGUGAUUGUAAGUUGUACACUUGUUUAGAAAGUGAUAAUUUUCCUGUAAUCCCCAGUUGUAGAGAGUGGAUGAUCAUAAAUUUUUUUGUUGAAA